AUGCUUUGCCUUGGACAUCGUCCUGGCGCUGGAUUUCGUGGUUUUCUUCGUAAGGUUUCUUGCUUUAUUAAGACUCUAAAAGCUUGUCACCAAAUUGCUUCUGAAGUUCAAAGAAUGAAGUCCAGAGUCAUCGAUAUUUCGAAGGGACAUCAGAGGUACCAUGAUAGAUAUGGUACGUUAGAGCAAGGCUCAAGCUCAAGGUCCAUUGGUCUUAACACAGCAUGCCAUGAUUAUCGUGGCGAUGCCCUUCUACUCCAUGAAUUUGAGCUUGCGGGCAUCGACAAGCCCAAAUCGCAACUAAUUAGGUGGUUGGUGCAUGAAGACCCCAGACUCAAGGUGCUUUCCGUAUCAGGAAUGGGCCGAUUGGGCAAAACAACACUGGUUAAAAAGGCCUUUGAUGAUGUAGUUGUGAAGAAUCAUUUCCAGAGCCAUGUUUGGAUCACUGUUUCCGAAUCCUUCAAGAUUGAGGUGCUCCUAAAAGACAUCAUCAAAAAACUUUUUGAAGAACUCGAGCAACCAGUUCCACGAGGGAUGGACAACAUGGAUACCAACAGCUUGAAAGCGAUAAUUAAUGCUUUCCUACAACAAAAUAGGAAAACAUUUAUGGAGAAUUCUUGCCCUUCACAUUUGGAAGGACUUUCAAAAGCCAUCUUGAAUAGAUGCGAGGGAUUGCCGCUUGCAAUUGUGGCAAUUAGUGGUCUUUUAUCAACAAAGGAUAAGAGCAGUGUGGAUGAGUGGGAUAAUAUCUACCGUAGCCUUGGUGCAGAACUAUAA